AUGGAUUGUACUCCAUUUAUCGAAUUGAUUCCAAACGUGGACCAGAUCAAUAAAGAAAGUAUUCCUCGAAAGCGGAAGUUACCACCAUGGAUGACUGAAGGGUUUAAGAAAAUACGGAAAAUCCACCCAAAAACGAAAAUGCCAGCGAUGGCGUUGAAUGAAUACUUGACGGCACCGUCUAAGAAAAUCGCCCGCCAAGCUGCUUGUGAUAUUGCGUUGAGGCUUAGCAAUGUUCUAACUGAAGAAGCUGCGUCAGAGGUGAUCUGGUUAAAGCAAGAGUCAGAUCCACUACCUGCUGAUACGCAGCUUGAUGACGAGGCGUCAAGAACAAUGGUAAUCGCAGAAAGCAAGAAGGAAAUUACGAAGCCGAACGUCCAGACAGUAGUUGAUUGUAUUUCGAGAAAACUUCUUGACUUGAGCUCCAAGGAACAAGCCGAGGUAGCAGCUAAGAGGAAGAAGGAAUUAGAGCAAGAGCUCAAAAGAUUAACUGGCCCGCUUAACUCAAUGCCUGCCCCUAACCAAGAAGUAAAAAAUGCGAUUCAAAAACAUAUUGAUGAUAUCAAGGCUGAGGAUGGUCCAUUGGUGACCGUCACAACGAUAUUGGAAGUCCUUGAACCAAAUCUAAUGGAGAUUAGUCUCCAUGAAACGGCUAUCAAUGACUCCCAACUGUUGUUGUUUUCAAAACAGCUGAAAGAAGAAUUAAAAAUUAAGAAAUGCAAUUUCGCUGAUGGAAUGGGGAUUAGGCAAGCUCUGGUUGCAAAUGAAUUAAGCCUGGAUCAGAUUACAGAGCCAAGUGCAGACAAAGUUGUGUUCUACAAUGAUAUGUUUGGCAGGAGAGUUCUGACAAAUCUUAUGAAAGAUCUGAAGAGGAUGCGCCAGACUCCUGGGGAGCAGGUGCAGACCUUUGGAGCUAGAGUGAGACGCGCUGGAAAUUUCCUGCUGGGCAAUGCCCCUGGCAAGCUUAAAGUAAUCGGUGGAGAGAAUCAGCCUGCUGCACUUCUCCCUAACCCAUUUUAUAUUAAAGAAUGUUGGGAAUAUAAGGGAAAGCAGGACUUUUUGGAUGGAUUCCUCUUAUCAACCUUUAUGGAUGGUCUUAUUCCCAAAAUCGCCAAUGCCAUAUGCAUCACUUUUGACGAUUUUGAGACUGCACUUCGAUUUGCGAUUUCUGUAGAGGAUAGAGAAAAGGAUUUAGACUCCUCCCGCUCUUCCUCCCUCCAUCAAUUAUAUUCCAAUACGCGCCCCAAAACUCCUCCCUAUGCAUUUGGUGGAAAUGGUGCUGAUAUUUGUUCCGCGACAACUUGUUAUAAUUGUGGUCAAAAGGGCCACUUUCGAAGCAAGUGUUGUGCGCAGAGUAAGGCAUCGUCUAAACCCGUGACGAGAAAGUUUGUGUAUCUGGCCCCUGAGAAAGAUGGUUGCGCGCCAAAAUUCUCUAGUGGCAAUAGAGGCAGCUCCUCUUAUCAUGGAAAUUCGCGCGGCAGGGGUUGCAGACGAGGAGGUGGAAGAAGAGCAGUGAAUUUUGUAGAAGAAGGCAAUGAAUACAAAGGAGUCAAUGAAGAAUAUGAGGAGGAAGAAGAAGACAAACUUCUACCUGAAGGAUAUAUCAAUGAACCUGCCUUGUCAUACUUGGGAAACGAGUAUCAACCGGCACUUCAGCAAACUCAACUGCAAAGCUGCAGUUACAUUCGACCUUUCCAAACCGGGAAUGCAGAUCCCACUACUUUAGAUACUAACGUAGAAAUUGAGGAAAUAGAAGAUUUUGACGAAGUCAAACAAAAGGUUUUUCCCAGUGCGCAACCCAAAAGAUUGUCUCCUCCAUCUGGCAAUCAAGAAAAACCCAUUGAAAAAAUAAAUGAUGACACGGCCAUCCAACCACCAAUGGAGAACAAGACUGAAGAAAUGGAAGCAGAAAUUCAGGACAAACAGCCAGAAGAUGUAACCAAUAAAUCGGCUGCUUUUGAUGUGUCUGCUCCUGAUAUGAUGUUUUAUGGAACACCAACCCAUUCACCUAAUUUGGAAGCAGCAGAAGUCAAAAACAAAUCUUUCGCUUCCACUGAAGAUAUUAAUAAAACUGUUAUAGCUACUCCAAAAUCUAGCAAGACUAAUAAAUCCUUUCUUUCCGAGUUGACUACGGAACUGGGAAAGUUUUUCUCUCCAGGAUCAGGCUCAGACAACAAUGAAACGCCUGAGAUAACCUUGCCAGCAGUCACCGACAGUGUCCUUGCACCACCAGAGUCAUCCAGUACUCCUAGAAGGUCACAGAUGCUGCUGCAUCAGACUCCAGACAGAGGAGCGACCGCUGCAGUUAACCCUGAUGCAUCAAAAUCCAAAAGUCAGAAGAAAAAGGAAAGAAAGAAGGAAGCUAAGAAGAAACAACAAGAAGCAGAACAAAAAGAAAUGGAGAAGAAAGAAAAGGGAAAUGAAACAGAACCAAAUGAGGAGAAAAAAUCGAUCUUGGACUACUGGAAGAUGAAGAAGGCCCAAAAGUUGCUGUGA